GUUGCUAAGCAGCGAGACGCGGACCAAUGGGUGGCCGCGCUGGCGGUGCCAAGGGAAGGAGGGGCGGGGGAGCGGCCGGGCGCGCGGCGUCUGUGGUGUGCCAAGAGUAGCUGUGUCUUUGAGGAAAAAUACUCUCUGCCCCCUUUUGUCAGAUCGCUGCUGAGAAAAAAUGACAGCUGGCUCUGUCUCAGUUCCUCAGGUCAUACCCCUUCAAAUCCCUCUUCCAGGGAAGGCUAAGCAUGAAAUAGACACAAAUACUCUUGUUGAAAUAAAAUCAGAUACACCUGACGUCUCCAUUUAUUACACAUUGGAUGGAAGUAAACCUGAACUCAUUAGGAAACCUGGCCAUGGAGAGCACAGCACUUUUAAGUAUAAGGGUCCUAUCGUAUUACCAGUUGGGAAAAUAAUGGUCAAGGCAUUUGCAGUUACAAAGGACUGCAGAGAGAGUACAGUUGUAACAAAGGUAUUUCUGGUAGAAUACAAGCAACCAAACAUCUUCUUCUCUGUUGAAGACAAUGACAAGAAUUUCCUAAAAGAUAUCACCACACAGGAGAGGAGAGGUGGAAUGUUUACUACAAAACCAAAGAAGAAUGGAGUGAAUGUGGAAAUCAAGUCUGCCUGGGGUGAAGCACCCCAAGAUUUUCAAGACUUUGAAAGAGAAAAAAAGACUGCUCACGUGUCCCUGCAAGGACCGCAGCUCCCUGCCAAUCAUUUGGAAACAACAGAGUACAGAGAGGAACCCAUCUUGGCACCACCAAUAGAUUCAUUACAGUUUGCUAGUUCUUCUGCAGUAACAAGCCGGAAAAGCUUAGCAAGCACACAGGUGGCAAGGAUCCAGAGGGAAACAGAUUUCCUCAGAUGUGCACGCUGUUCUGCACCUCGCCUGUCUGACCCCUUGUCUCACUUCUGUCAGGAAUGUGGAUCUCCUAUCCCACCUGUGCCAGUACAUCGCUUCCCACCCCCUGAAGGAGCACAGAUGGCACCAUGUCUUGAAUGCAGACAUCUUGUGCCAAUGAAUAUACCCACUUGCAUCGUAUGUGAGUCGCCAAUAGCUCCACAGCUGCAACCCCAAACCAACAUCUGCAUAAAGGGCAAAGUAAUUUGUCGGGCAUGUGGCACAGGAAAUCCUCUCCACCAUAAACACUGUGUGACUUGUGAAAGCAAACUGCCUGAAAUACAGACGCCAAUGUUUGGAGGAGACACUCCCUCACCCCACUACAGCCAGCAAAGGAAGACAGUUUUGUGCUCAAAAUGCAAUCGUGUCAACCAAUGUGAUGCCCGUUUCUGUGACUGGUGUGGAGCCAAGCCUGGACCUCCUCCAUCCUACUUUACUUGUUUCAAGUGUGGCACAAGCAACCGUCCAUAUGCUCGCUUCUGUGGGUCCUGUGGUGUUUACAUAGAGCCUCCGUCAAGGAUGGGUUCUCAGAACAGCAGUCUCGUAGAUGCUGGGGACUCACAGGGGUUUUCUGAGGCUAAACGAUUUCAAACUCAAGUCGCCUGGCAGCCUCUUCCUGUCUCCUUGCCCAAAUCAGGGGCAGAACUAAAAGAAAGAGAAGAUAAAGGAACCCAAACCAUUGGACUUUUUUACCCAUCUAGCAAACUGUUGGAAAAGAAGGAACUUGAGCUGAUCUCACACAGAAAAAUCCUGGAAAAGAUGAGUGACCAUAACCCUCUCCUGACAGCCAUUAGUCCUGGAAAAGGUUACUGGAGAAAACAGCUGGAUCAUGUCUGCACUCACCUGAGAAGCUAUGCACAGAACAACCUUGAAUUCAGGGCACUGAUUGGGGAACCUCGGAUGGGAAAGAUUAAUUCUGCUACCAUCCAUGAGGAUGACUAUGAAGUCACUAUUAUACUGAAUUACGCUCUUGCUACUAAUAAGGAUAUUCAUACUAAUAGAUCAAUGAAGAUUAGCAAUCGUUACCUGAAGUCUGUAACAGAGGUUGGAGGUGGAAAAGAUGGCAGUCAGACUAGUUUUGGCAAAGAUGAUCAUAAUCUUUUGAAUUCAAGAGGUAAAAUAAAGAGAACAAAGUCAAGAACACUUACAGAAAAAGAUCAGCUCCCCGGAGCUGACCUAAACUGCAUCAGCAAUGAGGAAUGACCUACUCUCACAGUUGCUGUCCGUAACAACCACGUGGAAGCAAUCCCCCUACUCGUGCAGAAAGGUGCUGACAUUGACCAGCACUCAGGACUAUAAGUGAACACUGAUUCUCUGUCUCCGAACUUCUGAAGUUUUACCAAAAAAGCACUUGUGCUCCAGUUUUAGGCAGGAUUAAGUUCCCACCCCUUCUCCACAAAUCUGUACUCAAGGAGCUCCUUUCAAAAAACAACCCACAACUGAGCAAAGAUAAUGGUAUUCAGAAGUCCUUUCAGUUGCCAGCUUUCUCAUAAUUUCUGUUAGGGAAGCUGCUGUUCUAUUCAACUCCUUCCCCCACCAAUUAAACUUAAUAUGAUAAACCACAGUAAAGCCUACCAGAAAAUAAAAAAUAAACAAACAAACACAAACAACAACAAAAAAACCCCAACACAUAACUCCUAGUGUACUCUAUAUCCUCCUAUUAAUUUUCCUUAGUUUUAAUCUGCUAGACCACUUCUCCAUGUGCCAGAACAGUUUUAGAAUAAUAGAAACAAAGAAUCAUUUUGGUUGGAAGAAACCCUCGAGAUCAUCAAGUCCAACCAUAACCUAAAUCCAGCACUAAACCAUGUCCCUAAGAGCCUCAUCUAUAUGUCUUUUAAACGCCUCCAGGGAUGGUGACUCCAACACUUCCCUGGGCAGCCUGUUCCAAAACCUGACAACCCUUUCCAGGAACAAUUUUUUCCUAACAUUCAAUCUGAACCUCCCCUGGUGCAAUUUGAGGCCAUUUCCUCUUGUCCUAUCACUUAUUACUUGGGAGAAGAGACCAACACCCUCCACGCUACAACCUCUUUCAGGUAGUUGUAGACAGCAAUAAGAUCUCCCCUCAGCCUCCUUUUCUCCAGGCCAAACAGCCCCAGUUCCCUCAGCUGCUCCUCAUCAGACUUGUGCUCCAGAUCCUUCACCAGCUUCAUCACCCUCCUCUGAACUCUCUCCAGCACCUCAAUGUCUUUCCUGUAAUGAGGGGGCCCAAAACUGAACACAGCAUUCAAGGUGGGGCCUCACCAGCGUAGAAAGGGAUGAUCAUUUCUCUAGUCCUGCUGGCCACACUAUUCCUGAUACAAGGCCAGGAUGCUGUUGGCCUUUUUGGCCACCUGGGCACACCGCUGGCUCAUGUUCAGCCAGCUGUCAAUCAGCACCCCCAGAUCCUUUUCUGCCAGGCAGCUUUCCAGCCACUCUUCUCUGACCCUGUAGCACUGCCUGGGGUUGUUGUGACCCAAGUGCAGGACCUGGCACUUGGCCUUGUUAAACCUCAUACAAUUGGCCUCAGCCCAAUGAUCCAACAGGUCCAGAUCCCUCUAUAUGGCCGUCCUACCCUCCAGCAGAUCAACACUGCGACCCAACUUGGUGUCAUCUGCAAAUUUACUAAGGGUGCACUCAAGCCCCUCAUCCAGAUCGUUGAUAAAGAGAUUAAACAGAACUGGCCCCAGUACUGAGCCCUGAGGAACACCACUCCUGACCGGCCACCAACUGGAUUUGGCUCCAUUCACCACAACUCUUUGGACCCGGCCCUCCAGCCAGUUCUUUAUCCAUCUCACAGUACACCCACCCAGGCCAUGAGCUGCCAGCUGCUCCAGGAAAAUGCUGUGGGACAUGGUGUCAAAGACUUUAUUGAAGUCUAAGUACACAACAUCCACGGCCACUAAGUACACAACAUCCUUCAUCCACUAAGCAGGUCACCUUGUCAUAGAAGGAGAUCAGGUUGGUCAAGCAGGACCUGCUGUUCAUAAAUCCAUGCUGACUGGGCCUGAUCUCUUGGUUGCCUUCUAUGUGCCACAUGAUGACACUCAAGAUGAUCUGUUCCAUGACCUUCCCUGGCACCAAUGUCAGACUGGCCUGUAGUUCCCCAGAUCCUCCUUCUAGCCCUUCUUGUACAUGGGCAUCACAUUUGUCAAUUUCCAGUCAACUGAGACCUCCCCAGUUAGCCAAGAUUGCUGAUAGAUAAUGGAAAGUGGCUAAGUGAUCACCUCUGCCAGCUCCAUCAGCACCCUUGAAUGGACCCCAUCUGGCCCCAUAGACUUAUGGGUGUCCAAGUGGUGUAGCAGGUCGCUAACCAUUUCCCCUUGGAUUAUUGGGGCUUCAUUUUGCUCCCAGUCCCUGUCUUCUGGCUCAGAGGGCUGGGUACCUGGAGCACAAUUUGUCUUAGUAUGAAAGACUGAAGCAAAGAAGGCAUUUAGUACUUCAGCCUUUCCCUCAUCCUCUGUCACUAUGUUUCCCGCCCCACAUCCACCAGAGGGUGGAGAUUCUCCUUAGCCCUCCUUUUGCUGCUGAUGUAUUUAUAGAAGCAUUUUUUUUGUUCCCUUUUACAACAGUAGCCAGGCUCAGCUCUAUUUGAGCUUUGGACCUUAUUUUCUCCCUGCAUACCCUCACAGCAUCCUUCCAGUCCUCUUGAGUAGCCUGGCCAGUCUUCUUUCCCUGCCAGCUCACCUUUCAGCACAUUGGGACAGCCUGCUCCUGCACCUGUAAGAUUACCUUCUUGAAUAGUGACCAGCCUUCCUGAGCUCCUUUGCCCUUCAGGACUGUCUCUCAAAGGACUCUGCCAACUGGCCUCCUAAACAGAUUAAAGUCUGCCUUUUGGAAGUUCAAGGUAGCAGUACUGCUGACUGCCCUUUCUUAGGUAAUAAGCAUAUUGCUUAUUCCUCCUUUUCAGGCACAACGCUGCUCUCCACGAGGCAGUGCUGCUUGGACUAGAGGGAGAGGAAUGUAUGCAAGUCCUGUUAGUGUAAGUACUGCAGCUGGGCCUCUAGCUCAGCUACAGGCUGCCCACAGUCUGCUUGCACAGAUGUAGCUGGCAAAACUGAAUGGCCUGAGUCUGCCUGAGGCUCAGUACUCUUAUUUCACAGCAAUGUCCCAGCAGGAAGCAGCAUCCAGAAAUUCUUAAGUCACUCUGCAUCGACAUUUACCUGCAAGCCACUUCACUAAUUCCAAUAACUUGGAAUGAAUUUAAGUAGAAAAAACAAUCUGUUCUUUAUUUACAGCUGCAGUGCAAGCAUAAAUAGAAUGCAAGAGGACAAUCAGGACAUGAUUUGGCUGUUGGAAAUAAUGAAAUUAUUUCAUUGUUCACAAGUCAGCUUGGAUAGGGAACAUUGUACAAACUAAGAAACCCAGGAACAGUAGUCUCAAUAAUGUGUGAUUGCAACUACCUUUUCCCAAAUUGGAGCUGGAGUUUGAGCUUGGAAGCACCUAAGCGCACACUGCCAGUUCUGUCUGCAGACUUCACAACCCUGUACAACCAACUCAGGCCUUGUAACACCCAGCUAUUCUGCACAAGAUUCCCCCAUUCCUUCCUAGCAGUUCAGAGCACAAUUCUUCACUGUCUGUGCUCAGUUCUGCAAGAUUUAUUUUCCUUUCCAAAUCUGUGCAAGGAGAGGGACCAACAAAACCUUCCAAAGCACAAGGACAUUUUAAGGAGACCUGAUAAACACUGCUUAAGAUGGUUUGACACUUGAGCAAUAGCACUGUAUGCUGUACUUUGAUUAGCUUCUUUUCCAUUUUGGAAGUUAAAACUGCAUUCAGUGCAGCUCACUGCAUUAAAGGUCAGAUUACUUUCCUCCUGGAAACUGAAUAAAAUUACUUUGCUGUUUU